CAAAGUGCGAUUUGUGGUUGUUUUUGGUGGUGGAUUUUUGUAAAAUUUUGCAGUUUUUUCCUGAAAUCCGAAGUAAAAAGGGAUUUCCUGGACGAUGAGCGACGGUGAGCAGAGCGAGGAUGGACAGGUGAAGAGCGGUGUAGAGCUGAGCCCCUCGGAAGACGAAGAGACGAACGAUUCGCUCGACAUCAAGCCACCGCAGGCGAGCAGCAGUUCGGCCUACUACGGUACCAGCAGCAGCCAGAAACGGAAAGACAAAAAGACGAAGGAUCGAAGCCACCGUCACCGUGGGAUGAUGCAGGAGCGCGAACGGGAUCCGCGAGACCGAGGCGAUGGUGGCCGCGGACGGGACCACUACCGUGAACGGGAGCACUACGCUUCCCUAUCUGCCUCUUCCCGGGAACAACAACACCGAUCCGGCCGUAGCUCAACGGCGACGACGGUCAGCGGUGGUGGUGGUGGCCGUGACCGGGGCCGUGAACCUACGCAACGUGACAGUAAGCAUCAUUCGACACGCUACGAGAUGAAUCCGUUUUACGGUGAAAUGCGUGAAACGUAUCACAGCAAGCGAGAACGCGAUCGAGAGCACCGGGGAGAAGACCGGGAACGGGACCGGGAACGCGAGUAUCGUGCUAUGCGUGAUCGUGAGCGUGACCGUGACUACGAACGGGUACGAGAUCACGGCGAAAAGCAAAGACGACAACCGACGGAUGCUUCCUCCUCUCUUGGCGAUAGCUUGAUGAAGGCUCAGGAUCAGGACAAACUGCUCGAAGACCUGCGGACCCGGUUACUGAACAAGAAGAGUCGCUACGAUUCAAAGCACCGUGAACGUGAGCGUGAAAUGGCACCGACAUCCGGUGAAAUGGCCGAUGCCUACAUCGAUGAGCAGGAGCAUUACGAACAGAAGCGCGAAUCGAAACGCGAUCACCGGCAUGCGCACGCUAGUGGACGGCAUCGAGGUGAUCCGGAAGAUCGUGAGCGUCGCCAUCGCGAACGACGCUACGAUUCACGGGGAAUGGAUGUGGUGGAAAUUAUCGAGAGUCCCGAUCAUCAUCAACAACGGCAUCAUCACCAGCAGCAGCAGCAACAACAUCAGCAGGAAGCGAUGCAUCAAGACAUGCCACGUACAGCGGAGGAAAAGGAACAGGAUGCACGACGUGCCAAGCUGCUGGAGGCCGAUCGUGAGAUGCUCCGCAGAAAGGAAGCCGCUAGGGAUGAACUAAAGGCACGCCGGCUUCACAAGGAAGAGGAAAAUCCAAGGGCCCACGACGACACGGACGAUACAGACGACGAAAUAAGCGCGGAAGAGCUGAACGAUGAGCAGGAUGAAGCAGAGGAAGAUGCAGAUGUGGUAAUGCUGAGUGGUGAUGAGGAACAGCAGCGGCGUGAACGGCGUGCCAAGAAGCGAUCGCGCCACCGAAGGCAUCGCCAUCGAGAGCGUCGCAAUCGAGCGACGAAAGAGGAUGAUGGGGAGCACCACCAUCUGGAUGAUAAUGAGGGCGCAGGUGGAUCACGCAGAUCGUCCGAUUCCGAGACGAGCAGUAGCGACGCUUCCGAGCGCUCCGAUGGCGACGAAGAGGACGAAGAGCAUGCCCCGGUUAGUCCGCUAUCUGUUGGAGAACUUGCCAAGUCGGAUCGACGCCAUCGACGCAGCGAUUCGGCCGCUUCCUAUCGGUCACGAUCGCACUCUCGUACACGAUCGGGUUCGGGAUCAGUUUCGCGGUCGCACAGCCGCUCCCGAAGCCCCUUAGCAGCACGCCAUCGGCAUCGGCAUCACGAGGAAAGCCAUACCGAUGGUAGCAGUCGAAGCCGAUCCCGUGAUGAUCAAGCUAGUCGAGGCGAUCGCCGUCGUGGAAAGCCAGGCGACGAGGACGACCAUCAUGAUGCGGAAGAAGAUGUUGAUGGUGAUAAUGUUGUUGCUGAUGGACGAUCGCAAAAGAAACCACGAAACGAUCACGCUGACGAUGACGCUGCUGGCGGUGGUGACGAUGACGGUGGGGAUGAUGCUGACGUUUCGUCUUCGGGUGAGGUGGAAGUAAAGAACCGACUGCCACCGUACUAUCCUGGUAUUCAGGGUUGCCGAUCGGUGGAAGAGUUCCUCUGUUUAAACCGCAUCGAGGAGGGCACGUACGGGGUGGUCUAUCGGGCAAAGGACAAACGCACCGAAGAGAUCGUCGCGUUGAAGCGGCUCAAGAUGGAAAAGGAAAAGGAAGGUUUCCCGAUCACGUCGCUACGUGAGAUCAACACCCUGCUGAAGGGCCAACAUCCGAAUAUUGUGACCGUGCGCGAGAUUGUGGUCGGAAGCAACAUGGACAAGAUCUUCAUCGUGAUGGAUUACGUCGAGCACGAUCUUAAGUCGCUAAUGGAAACGAUGAAGCACAAGAAGCAAGUCUUUCUGCCAGGAGAGGUCAAAUGUCUGACGCAGCAGCUACUCCGCGCGGUUGCCCAUCUGCACGAUAACUGGAUACUGCACCGGGAUCUGAAGACCUCCAAUCUGUUGCUCUCGCACAAGGGCAUCCUGAAAGUUGGUGAUUUUGGGCUGGCGCGCGAAUACGGAUCACCCCUGAAACCGUACACCUCGAUCGUCGUUACGCUCUGGUACCGUGCACCGGAGCUGCUGCUCUGUUGCAAGGAAUACUCGACGCCGAUCGAUAUCUGGUCCGUUGGGUGCAUUUUUGCCGAGUUCUUGUCGAUGGCCGCUCUGUUCCCGGGUAAAACGGAGAUCGAUCAACUGAAUCGUAUCUUCAAGGAUUUGGGCACACCGAAUGAAAAGAUCUGGCCUGGCUACAACGAACUACCGGCCGUACAGAAGAUGACCUUCACCGAGUAUCCGGUGUCGAAUCUGCGUAAAAAGUUCGCUCAUCUAACGAGUGAGCUCGGUAUUGGGUUGCUGCAGGGAUUGCUGACGUUUGAUCCGAAGCAACGGUUAACGGCGGAAGUUGCCCUUCAGCAUAGUUAUUUCCGCGAGUUACCACUGCCGAUCGAUCCGGCCAUGUUCCCGACCUGGCCGGCAAAGAGCGAGCUGGGACUGAAGAAGGCGCUUGCCUCGAGUCCCAAACCGCCCAGUGGUGGUGGAGAGUUUAAGAAACUGGGCGAUGAUGCGGUACCGGAGAGUGCAGUGGCGAUGGCCGGUGGAUUUCAUCUCGGUGGUGUAACGUACGCCGAGUCCCGCCAGCUAGCCAUGGGACCUGGUUUUAGCCUAAAGUUCUGAGGCCACGAGUUGUCAACC